AUGGAGAUGAAACCAGACAAUAAACAUAGCUCCAUUACUCAUAUUGCCCCAGUUGUGGGUGUGGUUUAUAAUCCUGUCUAUAACCAGAUAAUAACCAUAGGACAACGCGGCAAAAUGUCCUUUUGGAUGAUUGAAAGCGGAAAACACAUCAAGAGUGUGCCUAAGUGUCAUGGAGAUGCCGAAAUAACCUGCUUAGUGCAGGAUGAGGCAUCUUCUCGCUUAUACACUGGCAGUACCAAUGGAAAUGUGAAGGUUUGGGACAUGAAUGGACAUUGCCUCCACACUCUAGUAUGCAAACAGAAUGCUUUUCUUGACGUCUCUGGAAUAGUAGUCCUUAAGCGAGGAGUUAUUGUCAUAGGAGGUGGAAAGCAUUUCAUUGUCUUCAGGAUGACUAACUUUAAUGAUCAUUUCGUGUUUCCCUCUGGUUGGAAAUCCUCCUCGCAACACAAAGACGAUGUGAUGGCCGGGUGUUCUCUUCCGCCCCACGGCCUUAUUACUGGCUCAUAUGAUGGUGAGCUGAUCAUUUGGAGUAUUAAUACUGAAUCAGUCUCUCGGCGUAUGAAUCUGCCCAGUAGCAACUCCGCAGAUAAGUUCACUGACAUGCAAACCAAGAUUUCGCAAGUGUUAUUACUUGAUGCUCGAACGAUGAUCAAGCCGGGUAAUAGAAAAGGAGCGAACCUGGUUUCCUGUGGUGGAAACGGAUUGAUUCAUUUCUGGAAUGCCUAUGAAUGCAUUCUUAUCGGCGCAUUUGUUGCUCAUCCAAGGGUAAGAGGGCUUAUAAUGGCCGUUGAUCCGUCAAACGAGACGCUUGCUACAGCAGACGUCGAAGGCAACGUUAAGUUGUGGGAUAUCUCCAGCUACGCCCUAGUUAAUGGUGAAGAGGAAUGCAUGUACUCUCCACCAAUAAUAUCACAAUGGGUCGCACACUCUGAUCAGAUCACCGGCCUAGUGUUCUGCGUUCGAUCUGACAAACGAACCGUGAUCGCUACAAGUAGCUCUGAUUUCUCUGCUUGUGUCUGGAGUAUGGAAGGUCAUCGACUUGGUGUCUUUGGUCAGCCUGAGCGGUGGAAAUUGGACGCUUACACGAGAGAUAUGACAACUGGUUCAAUGGUCAGUCAAGAGAUGAAAACCUCCUCUUCUGAAGGAAAACACGGUGAAGACGAUUCUCAAAAUGUGCAUCAUGAACCGGAAGACGACGAUCCAUUCUCUAAUCUUCCUGGACAUGACCUCAGUUUCGGAAUUAAAGCUAUACUAGGAGACGGGAAAAUCCAAUCUGAUGACGAUCCUGACAACAUAAAGACCAGACUAGAAGUGUGGAAUAAUAGUGUUCUUGGUAACUUCAUUGGUCUUUUUCGUGGUUGGAAAUGUCUUUUAACAUCAUCCCAAGCUCUUAAAAUUCCUAAAACUGAAGCUCAUAAAAUGUGGGAGAAAUAUCAAGAAAUUCGCCUUGAGAAGCCAAUGAGACGUCAGCCAAGAACUCUUGGAAAUAUGCCUUUCCUUUAUGCCGAUAACCUGGAGCACCCGAAAUACGGUCCCUACUUUUCACUUGAAAUGAAGUCGCCAGAGAAGCUGAAAGACCCCCAAAUGCCAGAAUUUAUAACGAAUCCAUUGAAAUACUUCGGCAAUAAAGAAGAUUUACUUGGAGCGGAUGCUACUUCGGCGCAUAGCAAAUUGCCUCUUGUUGAUAAAUGUAUGCAUUAUGAUAUAAGUUCGUUGUUUUAA